AUGUCGUCUCCCGAGUCCGCUCCCUGGGUCCUCGUUACAGGCAUCAAUGGCCAUCUCGCGAGCGCAACUGCCUUCCGUCUCCUUGAGAGCGGGUAUCGGGUGCGCGGGACCGUGCGCGCCCUCACGCGCGCUCAGCACAUCCAAAGGGUGUUUUCCAACUACGGCAGCAGACUUCAAGUCGUGGAGGUCCCCGAUGUCGCAGCACCCAAUGCGUACGCUUCCGCCAUGAAGGGUGUCCUUGCAGUCAUCAACGUCGCAUCCCCAGUCAACAUGGAUGCCAAAUCGCCCGAGGAGCAUUAUGUGCCUGCGGUCGACGGCGCACUGAAUGUCCUCCGUAGCGCUCAAGCCGAGCCCAGCGUGCAGCAUGUGUGCAUGAUGGGCUCGAUCGUGUCGGUGAUCAUGACGGCAAAGGACGCCACGAAAGAGGUGAUCACGACAGACGACUGGAAUGUCAUCUCAGACGAGCUGGCCUACAAACUGGACCCGUCGGACCCGUCGCGAGGAUUUCACAUUUACACGGGCAGCAAGAUUCGCGCGGAGAAGGCCGCAUGGGAGUUCAUGAAGACCGAGAAGCCCCGCUUCACGCUGAGCACCGUGCUCCCUGCACCUGCGUAUGGCCCCGUUCACAACGCGGUGUACGGACCGCCGCGUCCUGACGUCUCGCUCGGUCGCUUGUACGACUACCUGGCCGCCGACGCUCACGCCAACCUCACAGUUCCGUUUGUCCACGUGUACGAUGUAGCGGAUCUCUGCGUGCGGUCGAUUACGGACGUGGAUGCACACGGACAGCGCCUCAUCGCGUUUGGUGGGAGGGUGUCGCUCGCGCAGAUCGCAGACAUCCUGCGGAAGGCAUACCCCGAGCGUCCUGUGCCGCCCAACAGGGCAGACGCGCCAUGCCUGGCGUUCCCGGACAACGAGGUGAUCAGGUGGGAUACGUCUGUGCCGACGAAGGUGCUGGGCGGGAAGUGGCGCUCGCUAGAGGAUGCUGACUAG